CUGAAAUCAUACAGCGGCCGCGACUUCCUCGACGCCAUCAUCACCGAGUUCGACGGCAUCUUCGCCGAACCCUCCGGCAUGCCACCACCCCGCGGCCGCGACCACGGCAUCACCCUGCUGCCCGGUUCCGCUCCGGUGGCCGUCUGUCCGUAUCGCUACCCGGCCGCGCACAAGGACGAGUUGGAGCGUCAGUGCACCGCCAUGCUCGCCCAGGGCAUCAUCCGAGCGAGUUGUUCCGCAUUCUCCUCGCCGGUACUGCUGGUCCGCAAGCCCGACGGGUCCUGGCGCUUCUGCAUCGACUACCGGGCCCUGAACGCCAUCACCGUCAACGAUGCAUUUCCGAUCCCGGUGGUGGACGAACUCCUCGACGAGCUCCGGCGCGCUCGUUUCUUCACCAAGCUCGACUUGCGCUCCGGCUACCACCAGGUGCGGAUGCGCGCAGAGGACAUCCCAAAGACCGCCUUCCGCACCCACGACGGCCUCUACGAGUUCCUGGUGAUGCCGUUCGGCCUCUGCAACGCGCCGGCGACGUUCCAGGCACUCAUGAAUGAUCUGUUGCGGCCGUACCUGCGCCGUUUCGUUCUCGUCUUCUUCGACGAUAUCCUCAUUUUCAGUGAGACGUGGGCCGACCAUCUCCGACAUGUGCGCACCGUCUUCACCGUCCUGCACCAGCACCGGCUCUUCGUCAAGCGAUCCAAAUGCGCGUUCGCCGUCGAGUCGAUCUCCUACCUGGGUCACACCAUCUCCGCUGCAGGAGUGGUCAUGGACCCGGAAAAGGUGCAGGCAGUGGCCGACUGGCCGCAGCCACGCUCGGCGCGCGCGGUCCGAGGGUUCCUCGGCCUUGCGGGGUACUACCGCAAGUUUGUCAAGGAGUUUGGCGUGGUCGCCGCGCCCCUAACGGCCCUCCUUCGCAAGGACGGCUUCUCCUGGUCGCCGGAGGCGGCAACAGCUUUUACCGCCCUCAAGACGGCGGUCACCACGGCUCCCGUCCUCGCGUUGCCGGACUUCACACGGCCGUUCAUUGUCGAGUGUGACGCCUCUACGUACGGCUUCGGGGCCAUCCUUCUCCAGGACCAGCACCCGGUGGCUUUCUUUAGCCGGCCGGCCGCGCCUCAUCACCGUUCCCUGGCAGCAUAUGAACGGGAACUCAUCGGCCUGCGUUUGGCAACCAUUCCGCAGCACCAUUGGGUCGGCAAACUACUGGGGUUCGACUUCACCGUGGAGUACAAGGCAGGUAGUACAAACACGGUGGCGGACGCCCUUUCCCGCCGCGACACGGAGGAGACGACGGUCAUGGCGAUAUCGGGUCCUCGCUUUGACUUCAUCGAUCGCCUACGGCAAGCUACGUCAACCGACCCGGCGCUCGUCGCGCUGCGCGAGGAUAUCACGGCGGGCACGCGGCAGCUGCCGUGGUCGCUCUCCGACGGCCUCGUCACUUUCAACGGCCGCCUCUACAUUCCGCCGUCGUCCCCACUACUCCAGGAGCUCCUCACUGCAGUGCACGACGACGGGCACGAAGGCGUCCUGCGCAUGUUGCAUCGUCUCCGCCGUGACUUCCACGCGCCUAACCUUCGCAAGACGGUGCAAGAGUACGUCCGCGCCUGCGGUACUUGCCAGAGGUACAAGUCCGAGCACUUGCACCCCGCCAGUCUGCUGCUUCCGCUGCCGGUGCCCACGGGCGUGUGGACUGACGUCGGCAUCGACUUCGUGGAAGCGCUCCCUCGCGUGGGCGGGAAGUCCGUCAUCCUCACCGUGGUGGAUCGCUUCAGCAAGUACUGCCACUUCGUGGCGUUGGCCCACCCGUACACGACGGAGUCGGUGGCACAGGUGUUCUUCGCCGAGAUCGUGCGCCUCCAUGGCGUUCCGCAGUCCAUGGUCUCUGACCGCGACCCCGUCUUCACCUCGGUUUUUUGGCGAGAGCUCAUGCGUCUCACCGGGACGAAGCUGCACAUGACGUCGGUGUUUCAUCCUCAAGCGGAUGGCCAAACGGAGGCUGCUAACAAGAUCAUUGUUAUGUACCUGCGUUGCCUCACAGGGGAUCGUCCGCGGCAGUGGCUACGGUGGCUUCCCUGGGCCGAGUACAUCUACAACACCGCCUACCAGACAGCGACCCAAGAAACUCCGUUCAAGCUCGUGGGCAAGCUCAAGCCACGCUUCUACGGACCGUACCGCAUCUCGGAGGUCGUCAACGACGUCGCCUACCGCCUUGAGCUUCCGGUGCGCUCGCGCCUCCAUGACGUGUUCCACGUGGGCCUCCUCAAGAAGUUCUUCGGUACGCCUCCAACUGCACCGCCGGGUUUGCCUCCGAUCCACAACGGUGCGGCUGUCCCGGAACCAGAACGCGUGACUCGUUCACGCCUAGCACGUGGCGUUCGCCAGCUCCUUGUCCACUGGACGGGCGAGGCUGCAUUAUCGGCAACAUGGGAGGAUCUUGACAGUUUCAUCGAGCGCUACCCCGCUUUUCAGCUCGAGGACGAGCUGCUCGUCGAGGGGGGGAGAGAUGCCAUGUGGGGCGCUGCGUACAGGCGCGGGCCACGCGCCCAGGAGCAGCAGCCGACGGCCACAGCUGGCGAGGCGUGA